AUGUCAUGCCUCGUAGGUCCAACGACGACAGCCCUGGCGGCGAAUCCUGCGCCUGCGCAGCAGGUGCAGAUCGUCGCGGAGAAAAUGUGUUGUCAGGGUUGUGCCCGCAAGGUCACGGCGCAACUCUACGCGGCUCGCGGCGUGCAGAGCGUUAGUGUCGAUAUGCCGACGCACACCCUUACCGUGACCCUGCCUCAGCCCAGCGCUGUGGCGCUUGGCAGCCUCUGGGACGCGGCAGAAAAGGGGGACGGCGGUCCGACGACGAUGGUGAUUGGCGAUGCAACCUUUUCCUUCUCCCGCGCGGAGUCCAGCGCGAACGAGAAUGACCCUAGCCGCGCUGCUGCGGCCCCAAUGACGAUCGCCAUCGACAACCUGCACUGCAAAGGCUGUGCGCAGAAGAUCGCGGCCCAGUUGUAUGCCACCAAGGGCGUGAACAAGGUAAGCGUCGAUAUGCAGCAGGGACUUCUCCACGUCGAAGCCGGGCCCGACUCGCGCUUGUCGCCGUGGGCGUUGGUCGACGCGGUCUUCAAAGCGGGAGAGCGGCCCCUCAGCGUCACCGGCAAGCAGGGAACUGUCACCGCAGUCGGCUGCGGUACGGCGGCGGAUUCUGGGAAGUCGAUUCCCACAACAACUCGUGUUUCGAACGCCGCGGCGAGCAUCGACGCGAGCCAUUACAAGCUCGCGGAAGAGCCCGAGGGCGCGGUUGGCGUGAUCGCCGCCCGUGAAUCGGCCGAAGACGGCGCACCGCUGGUGCUGGUGGGCCGAAUCGGCGGCGCGGCAAAUCCUUGGAUUGACGGCAGAGCCGCGUUUACGCUGCUCGAUCCGUCGAUGUCGGUCGUCGCCAACGGCCAAGAUUCAGGCGAGACCGAGCUGUGCCUGGACGACUGUUGUGCCGUUGAUCGGCAGAACUGCACGACGCUCGUAAAAGUCGUCGAUGGCCAAGGCAAGUUGGUGGCGGUUGACUCACGCGAACUGCUCGGGGUGAAAGAGUCCGACAUGGUUGUGGUGAAGGGGACCGCGCAGAAGGAAGAACCUAUGCUCGGUCAAAAACUGCUCCCCUGGGACUACGGCGUGCGGAAUCUAUUCCGCCGUCCGUCCCGGAGUGCGCUAACACUCGGCGGCCUGACGAUUGUCGUGCUGCUCGUGUUGGUCGUGGUCGGGUUCAUCCGUGGCCUAGAGAAGUCGCUCGCCGCGACCGGCAAUCCCAACGUCGUGCUCGUGUACGCGCUCUCGUCGGGCGCCGACAUCGAGAACUCGUCGAUCCCCGGACGGACGCCCGCCUUGUUGUCGGCGAGCGUCGAUGGGGUCCGUCGUCAGCACGGCGUGGAGUACGUUUCGCCAGAGCUUUACCUGGGGACGCGGAUCACGACGACGGGCACGACCGAACCGGGAAUGGGGCUCGUGCGUGGCGUCACGACGACCGCGCCGCUCGUACGCGGGCAGGUGCAAAUCGUCGAAGGCGCCUGGCCCCAACGUGGCGAAGUGAUGGUAGGUGACGUUCGACGGUCAAACCUGGAACAUCAGCGGNNNGUCGCCGUCAGCAUGGAAUCGCCCGACGGUGCCGCCGACGUGGAGUUGUUCUGCCGCGAGCGGAUCGACUUGGAACUUAAGGCGGUGGCCGAAAGUUCUUACUACGCCGCGAUGCAAAAGCACUACAAACCGGUCCGCAUGUUGGGCUGGGUCGUGGUGGCUUUAGUGGCCGGCUCGGGCAUCUUCGCGGGACUGAAUACGAUGUACGGCGCGGUGGUCGGCCGGAUACGCGAGCUGGCGACGCUCCAGGCGCUGGGCUUCCGUCGCCGAGCCAUCCUGCUGACGCUUGUGCAGGAGGCUACGCUGCUGGCGUGUGCCGCCGCCAUCAUGGCGUGUCUUGCUGGGCUGCUCGUCGUCGAUGGGACGGCGGUUCGGUUCACAAUGGGGGCCUUUAUGCUCUCGGUCGAUAGUGUCGGCAUCGCCGUAGCCUGCGGAGUCGCCGCGCUGCUGGGAGUAGUCGGCGCGCUGCCCCCCGCGAUUAAAGCGAUGCAUCCAAGAAUUAUGUCAGAACAAUCUUCACAACUCGAUCUCAGCCAACUUGCCGUUGACCGCAGCGGUGCGGCCAACAAAUCGGGCAUCCGGAUCAAGCGCUCUUGGUUCACGAAAUACGUUUUACCGCUGGGCAUUCUUACGGGCUUCGUCGGUUUGUUCGGCUGGGCUGCACGAGACAGCUUUUUGCCCGCCCAAUCGAUCACGAUUACCCCGGUGGUGGUUAGUCGGGCCGAGGUCAAGCAAGAAGGAACGCCGUUGUUUCAGGCGGCGGGCUGGAUCGAACCGCGGCCAACCCCAGUCAUGGCCUCCGCGCUUGCUGCGGGCGUGAUUGAGGAGUUGUUCGUGAUCGAAGGACAGCACGUGAAGCAAGGCGAGCCGGUCGCCCGACUCAUAGACGCCGACGCCAAGCUGGCGCUUGCCCAGGCACGCGCUGCUCAUGCCUUACAGGAAGCCGAGGUGAGUCGCGCCGAAGCCACGCUCGCUGCGGCAAGGACGAACUUUGCGCGGCCUACCGAGUCGCAAGCGACUCUUGCUGAGGCAGGGGCGAGGCUUCACGAAACGGAAGUCGCCAUCAGCAACCUGCCCUACGCAAUCGAAACCGCACGCUCGCGGCUCCAACUAGCGACGGAGAACGAGCGUCGAAAAGAGCUGGCCGGCCAGGCAAUCUCUGGGCGGGUGCUACGCGAAGCCCGCGCCGAGCUGGCGGCGGCGAAAAACACGCUUGCCGAGUUGGUCGCUCGCGAGCCGAAGCUCGAAGCCCAAGCCAGAUCGCUCCGAGAAAAACGGGAUGCACUGGGUGAGCAGCUUCGGCUGCUGACCAAUGAGACGCGGGCCGUCGCCGAAGCCAAAGCGAAUCUAGCGGGAGCAAUGGCGCGACUUGAUCAAACCCGCCUCCGCGUAGAAGUAGCCGAGUUGACCAUGGCGCGGAUGAUCGUUCGCUCACCCAUUGACGGUUGCGUCCUCAGCCUCGACGCGCGGCCUGGGCAGUGGCUUUCUGGCAUCGGUUCGGCGCAGGGCACGAGCGCCGUCGCGGGGCUCUAUGAUCCCCAAAGUCUGCAAGUCCGGGUGGAUGUCCGCUUAGAAGACGUACCCCAAGUGCUGAUUGGUCAACCGGCUCAAAUCGAAACCGCCGCCUUGGGCGCACCCAUUGAAGGAGAGGUGGUCUCGGUUACCACGUUCGCUGACAUCCAAAAAAACACGCUCCAAGUCAAAGUGGCGAUCAAAGACCCUCCGGCGGUCAUCAAGCCAGAAAUGUUGGGCAAAGUGACCUUCCUCGCGCCCCCAUCCCCAGUGAUGGAGGGCGAGCCGAGCGAGUCGCCGCUGAAGCUGUUCGUGCCGCAGUCCUUGGUUUCGACGGGUGAAGGUAGCGCGAACGUCUGGGUCGUCGAUCUGACAGCGGGGGUCGCGAAGCGCAAAGCGGUCGAAGUGGGACAUGGCGCGACUGAGGUCGCGAAUCGGUCGCCGAGGGCUCGCGUGUUCGUGUAUCUGGCGAAGACAAAAGCCUCGCAGGGGGCGCGUGGAAUUCGCAAUCAACACGCCCCGUUCACUAUGCCCCUCGUUGAAGUAUCCAAUGUCACCAAAGAGUACGCCAACGGCGAGGAGACGAUCCGUCCACUCGACGGCGUCAGCUUGANNUACGUGUCUCUGAUGGGCGCCAGCGGCUCGGGAAAGAGCACGCUCUUGAACCUGAUUGCCGGCAUCGACCGGGCCACUUCGGGCGAGAUUGUCGUCGCCGAUACCGAUAUCACCAAACUCUCCCGCGGCAAGCUGGCCGACUGGCGGGCCGCCCAUAUCGGUUACAUCUUUCAGACCCACAACCUGAUCCCCGUGCUAACGGCGUACGAGAACGUCGAGCUGCCGCUGCUGCUCCUGCCGAUGUCGGCGGCCGAGCGCCGCAAGCGGGUUGAAAUUGCUCUCGAAGCGGUAGACCUGACUUCGCGGGCCACGCAUUACCCGCGUCAAAUGUCGGGCGGUCAAGAACAGCGGGUCGGCAUCGCGCGGGCCAUCGUCGCCAAUCCGACGGUUGUCGUCGCCGACGAGCCGACCGGUAGUCUCGACGACGAGACGACUGAACAGAUUCUGCAACUGCUAGAACGAGUAAACAACGAACUCGGCAUGACGCUCUUGAUGGUCACGCACGACGCCUCGCCUGAUCGAGAACGGCAAAGAGAUUCAUAUCGCUACUUUACGGACCGCCUAAUCAUGCUCAAGUUCAUCCCUUACGUCUUGAAGAGCCUCUGGCGGCACCGCGCCCGGACACUGCUUACCGUGAGCGGCACGGCCGUGGCGCUGCUGGUCUUCUGCUUUAUCGGCGCAGUGCAGCAGGGGCUGCUCGCACUGACCUCGGGUGACGACGCUGGCCGGACGUUGAUCGUUUUUCAAGAGAACCGCUUCUGUCCGCAGAGCAGCCGGUUGCCGCAGGAUUACGCGGGAGACAUCGCGAAGCUUUCGGGCGUGCAAGAUGUCGUGCCGGUUAAGGUGUUUACGAACAACUGCCGAGCCAGCCUUGAUGCCAUCGUGUUCCAGGGAAUGCCGCCGGAGAAGCUGAAGGCAUGGCGCGAUCUCGACUUGCAAUCGGGUAGCUGGUCGGCGUUUUCAAGUCAGGACGAUGCCGCCUUCGUGGGCGUUGAUGUCGCGACACGGCGCGGCCUAGGUGUUGGCGACAAGUUCACCAUUGGUGACGUGUCGGUGGUGGUGCAAGGCGUGUUCCACUCCGCCACUGCCGCCGAUAACAACCUUAUUUUCACUCAGCUUGAGUUUCUGCAACGGGCGCGGGGGGCGAACGACGUCGGCACCGUGACCAUGCUGGAAGUGCAUCUCAACGACACGGCCGACCCCGAAGCCCUGGCGAAACAGAUUGACCAGGCGUUUCACGCUGGCCCUGUCGGUACGACGACUCGCACCAAGGGUAUGUUCCAAGCCGAUACGCUUGCCGACCUCGCGGAACUGAUUGGCUUUGUCCAUUGGCUCGGCUACGCCUGCGUUGGCUUAGUGCUGUCGCUCGUCGCCACGACGACCGUCAUGGCCGUCCAAGAUCGAAUCAAGGAACACGCCGUACUCCAAACGCUGGGAUUGCGCCCGCUGCGUGUCUUCGGCCUCGUGCUGACCGAGAGCCUGCUCCUCAGCACGCUAGGGGGCGUCCUAGGCGUCGCCGGGAGCGUGCUCUUGCUGUCGCUCAGCGGGAUGUCGAUAGCAGCCGAAGGGGUAACGAUCGCCUUUGAGCCCUCGGUCAAUCUAGCGAUCCAAGGUGUCGCUGUGGCCGUCGUCGUUGGCAUCCUCGCGGGGCUCGCGCCGGGAUGGCAGGCGUCGCGGACGGAGAUUGUCUCGGCAUUGAGGUCAAGGAUGACCCAAUAUCGAAUCUACAGCGCGGUGGUUCUGCUGCUAGCAACAGGGUGUGCCUCAGGACCACAGCACAUCGCUACGCAAACUGAAACGCCGGGCGCAGAGAGUGUCGUCUUGAAUAAGCCCACAAUCACCAAGGUGGAUUAUGAAGAAGCCAUGACGCCCGAGCUGAUUCAACCGCCAACGGUCGCCGAGGGGCUUGCUCUCGAAGCCAGUACAAACGCCCCUGAACGCUUACCGUCUGCUAGCGGACUGACGUUGACCGCUCUGGAGCAGAUGGCGUUUGGGAGUAAUCCAGCGAUCGCCCAGUCCGAAGCGCGGGUGCGGGCGCUCAGGGGCAAGUGGGUGCAAGUCGGUUUAGCGCCAAACCCAACGGCGGGCUACAGUGCCGGAGAAGUUGGCAAUGAUGGAAAGGCGGGUCAGCAGGGCGGUUUUGCGGGUCAGACGUUUAUCACCGCACACAAGCUCCAGCGCAACCGAGCAGUCGUUGCCGCUGAGAUCACCCGCGCCGAGCAAGAACUCGUCCAAAUUCAGCAGCGGGUGCAAACCGACGUGAGGCGGAGCUACUACGAAGCGCUUCUCGCCCAACGCCGAGUGGAACUAGCAGACCAAUUGGUGCGUGUGACUUCGGAAGCGGUCACGGCGUCCAAGUCACUUCUUGAGGCCGAAGAAAUCCCGCUCGCGGGCCUCUUGCAAACCGAAGUUCAACAGCAAAACGCCAUUGUGCUAUCGAGAACCGCUGCGAAUGGGCUCUCGCAAGCUUGGCGCCAACUCAGUGCGGUGGUCGGCGGCUCUGACUUACCGAUUCAGCCGCUCGACGGCGACGUCACGCUGCUACCCGAGACCCUCGACUGGCAACAGCAGCUAGUCCGAAUUAGCAACGAAAGCCCUGAGAUGGCUGCAGCGAUGGCCGACGUUGAGCGUGCCCGGCGCGCAUUGGAUCGGGCUAGUGUCGAAGCAAUCCCCGAUAUCAGCACUCAGGUCUCGGUGCAGUACGAUGCCUCGACAACCGACACAAUCACCGGUGUGCAAGUCGGCAUUCCGCUCCCGAUUUGGAACCGCAAUCAGGGAGGGAUUCGCCAGGCGCAGGCCGAGGUUACCGAGGCGGUGCGGAACGUCGAUCGCGUUGAGUUGAACUUGAACCAACGCUUGGCCAAUGCUUUUCGAGAGUAUUCGGACGCUCAAGUCACCGCUACCAGCUACGCCGAAGAACUCCUUCCCCGGUCGCAGAAAACCUUCGAUCUCGUCCAACGCGGCUUUCAGCAAGGGGAGGUCGGAUACCUCGACCUCUUGGUCGCUCAGCAGACCUACUCGCAAACCAACCUGAUUUACCUCGACGCCCUGGGAAACCUCUGGCGGAGUUAUGUCCGGAUCGAAGGCUUGCUGCUUGAGGGCAGCCUGGAUGCCCGUUGA